UUGUCUCGUUUUCGCCACCGUUACCAAAAACAGCAGUGUGAUACAUUAAACAGUGUCGGAGCCUGUAACAAAGAUUGGAUGCCUCCGAGUCAUAAAAAACAGAAGUUUGCAAUGACUGAGAACCCUCCCGAUUCUCAGAAUUUGCAACACGAGCUGGAAAUAAUGCAGGGCGAAAUGGAAGCGGUAGAGGUCCGUCGUUCAUCUGACAAAUGCGAAGCCGGAAUUAAAUACCGUCCCACCUACCGGGCCGUCCUUGCUAAGAGAGGCCUUCUAGUCAAACAGACCCUCGGAAGUGGCAGCUACUCAAAAGUCAAGUUUGCUUACUAUCUCACAGGGGACAGGGACAGGGCGGCUGUCAAGAUUGUGGACAGAAACAAGGCCCCCAAAGACUUCCAGCAGCGGUUCCUCCCCAGGGAAAUCAAAAUCUGGCCACAGCUAAACCACCCAAACAUUGUCAAACUUUUGGAUAUAUUUGAGGAUUCUAGGCGUGUAUAUAUGGUGCUUGAAUUUGGAGAAAAUGGCGAUGUCCUUCGAUAUAUUCAACGUACUGGGGCGAUCAAAGAGGGGAUGGCGAGAAACUGGACUAAGCAAAUCUGUGAGGCCGUGCGGUACCUCCACGAGAUACAUAUCACCCAUCGGGACCUCAAGCUUGAAAAUCUGCUGUUGGACAGUAACUACAACAUAAAAAUCUGCGAUUUUGGAUUUGUCAAAGAGGAUCCCACCCGGAACCUGAGCAAAACAUACUGUGGUUCCAAAUCUUAUGCAGCUCCGGAGAUUUUAAAAGGGGAACCCUACGAUACUCAGAAAGCGGACAUUUGGGCUAUAGGCGUCAUUUUAUACAUCUUUGUCACCGGGAAAAUGCCAUUUGAUGAGAGUAAAGGCAAUCAUGGGGUGUUAGAGGAACACAAAAGGCUCAACUUUCCUUGGCAUAAAAUUAAAAAGAACGUAUCGGAGGAAUGCAAAGCUCUGAUCUUAUGGUGCUUCAAGUACGACUUCUCACAGCGGCCAGAUAUAUAUGAUGUCCUCGGUUGCAUUUGGUUCAAAAUGGGGGUGAAUCCCGAGACCGCAGGAAUGGAGGGACCUAGCUCAAUCACGGAAAAACCGGAAACGUCCACUAACCCCUCGGAAUGCCCAGAGCAGAUGACGUAAUUUGAUAAACCCUUUAUUCAGAGAUGUGCUGCGCAUGCCCACUUUUAUUCAUGUAUAAUUCACUUGAACUGUGAUAAGUAUUUUUAAAAAAACUUUUCUACCUUAAAUUUAUACAUUUUUAUGCAGUUUUAAUUGAUAUGAAUUCUUCUUGUUGUAGGUAUGUAUAUAUUGUAAAUAUUAUUUUAUUAUGUACUAACUUUGUAUUUAAGUGUACUAACAUUUAUUUUUUGUAAAAAUGUACUUUUGUUACGCAUAUUAAAUUGUUGGUAAUAA